CUCGACUAGUCAUGUCUGGUAUGUGGUCCGUCCACUAUUAUCUUCCCCCAGCGUAAGAGGAGCGAGUGAGGAAGACUCUCAGAGACUAGUCCGGGUUAUCAGACAUGCUAUAAACUGUUCUCUCGGGUCAAAGCUGUCAGUGUAGUUUAGUAGAGCUGUAGCAGUAACCAUGGGAACGGAGGAGGGCAGCAGAGCCGGAUCAGAGGAGGGUUCCGGUCUAAGUGAAGACCAGAUCCAGAGGUGGAUGAGCAGAGCCUUUGACAUGGCUAAAGAUGCUCUGGAGAACGGAGAGGUUCCUGUUGGAUGUCUGCUGGUCUACAACGAUAACAUCAUAGGGGAGGGGAGGAAUGAAGUCAACGAGACCAAAAACGCCACCCGACAUGCAGAGAUGGUGGCCCUGGAUCAGCUCCUGGACUGGUGUCGCCACAGAAACCAGGACGUGAGCGCCGUCAGUAGGAGAACGGCGUUGUACGUCACGGUGGAGCCGUGCAUCAUGUGUGCUGCUGCUCUCAGACUCUUCAACAUCGCCGUGGUCGUGUACGGCUGCAGGAAUGAGCGGUUUGGAGGCUGUGGUUCAGUUCUGGAAGUUUCCUCUGCAGACCUUCAGAACACCGGGACCACAUUCAAGUGUGUUUCAGGACACAGAGCAGAAGAAGCUGUGGAGAUGCUGAAGACUUUUUAUAAACAGGAGAAUCCAAACGCUCCCAGACCGAGAACAAGGAAGGACUGAAUCUGCUAUAUCUACUCUAAGGAUCUUUGUUCUGUGCUGUUUUUAAAUGCAUUUUAAUUUGAUAAUAAAAACUAUCUGAAGAAA